AUGACUACUAUGGUGAAUCCACCCGCUUCCAAAUCGAAAUCCAACCCUCUGGAUCUUCGAGUUGGAAACAAGUACCGCAUCGGUCGUAAGAUUGGUAGUGGUUCAUUCGGUGAUAUCUACCUCGGAACCAACAUUAUUUCCGGAGAAGAGAUUGCUAUCAAGCUUGAGAGUGUCAAGGCCAAGCACCCACAACUCGAAUAUGAAGCCCGUGUCUACAAGUCCCUUGCUGGAGGUGUUGGUAUCCCUUUCGUCCGCUGGUUCGGUACCGAGUGCGACUACAAUGCCAUGGUUCUCGAUCUCCUAGGACCUUCCUUGGAAGACCUUUUCAACUUCUGCAACCGAAAGUUCUCCCUGAAGACAGUCCUUCUUCUUGCGGACCAACUGAUCUCUCGUAUCGAGUAUAUCCAUGCCAAAUCCUUCAUUCAUCGUGAUAUCAAGCCGGACAACUUCCUCAUGGGCAUUGGCAAGCGUGGCAACCAAGUCAACGUUAUCGACUUCGGUCUCGCCAAGAAGUACCGUGACCCCAAGACUCACUUCCACAUUCCUUAUAGGGAGAACAAGAACUUGACCGGUACCGCUCGUUACGCCUCCAUCAACACCCAUUUGGGCGUCGAGCAAUCCCGUCGUGAUGAUAUGGAGUCCCUGGGAUAUGUUAUGCUCUACUUCUGCCGUGGCUCCCUUCCAUGGCAAGGCCUCAAGGCUGCUACCAAGAAGCAGAAGUAUGACCGCAUCAUGGAGAAGAAGAUGACUACCCCUACUGAAGUCCUUUGCCGCGGCUUUCCCAACGAGUUUGCCAUCUACUUGAACUACACUCGUUCGCUUCGCUUUGAUGACAAGCCCGAUUACUCCUACCUUCGAAAGAUCUUCCGCGAUCUCUUUGUUCGUGAGGGUUUCCAGUACGACUAUGUCUUCGACUGGACCGUCUACAAGUACCAGAAAAAUGCCCAGGCCAUCGCCCAGGCUGCCGGUCAACAGCCAAACCAGGAUGAGGAUGAGAAGCCACGCACUCGUACCAACGCUGCCACCGCCGGUGGACCGACUCCUCAGCAUGCCUCCAGUGCUUCCAAGCCUGGUGGUAUCUCCGGAUCCCGCCGCAAGGUCAUUGAGCGUGGUGCCAGUGGUGCCGGUGUCGACACUCCCGAUACGAACAGAGCCGUAGGAGGAAGUGAUAGGAUGCUGCGCUCUGCCUCGAAAGGUGCAGUAACUGGUAACGGAUAUACAUCUGGCUCUUAUCGACCGAAGCGGGAGGACCAGAAUGGACAGCAAUGGUAUUGA